AUGUUCUUACUAUCAAACAAUCAAAUCGCAUACUUGCUUGUCCUGGCAUCAGUACUUACUUCAGUUCUCGCCAACGUUGAGAAGGUCAUAUUUACAGCACCCGCAGUAUUCCCCAUUCCUCAGCAGAAGCCCUCGCUAGCCGACCUCAGACUGCCGGUCCUCACACCAUAUGCCUCUGAGAUCAGGACCAACUUGAGCCGCGUGUUUCCCUCCAAAGCAAAGGAUUAUGCUUCGGGUUCUGCGACAUGGGUGCUUCUGGAUAACUUAAACCCCGAGCAGCGAUAUGAGUUUCGAGUCUGCUGGGCUGCGAUUCAACCUACAGGCUUCGUUCUGAAUGUAUUCGAGCUAGACACCGUAUGGGAGACCCCAGAACUGAUUCAGUCACUGGCAGGCUAUGCCUUCUCACGCCAAGACGACGGGACUGAACUACACGAAGAGUUGCCACAGCCCGGAGAGAGGGAGCGUAAAGCCUCGCUUCUUCUGCUGCAAAUCAAAGCUUCUGCAGACUACUUCACUGAUGAUGAAGCUCUCAUGAAAGAUCCUCCAGCUGUGCUUGUGGAUCUUAUCCUCGACCCCUAUCUAUUUAACAUCGUCCCUCGCUCUUUGGUCCCAACCGCUGGGUACAUUGUUGUCCUCGCUGUAGUGUCCUGGUUCAUUGCCAGAUCUGUAGCCUCCAGGUUACAAGCGAUUGCCAUUACAGCCGAUAGUUCAGACAAGAAAAAGAAAUGA